GCUCUGCUGUACUUUUCAGGGUGUCAAGAGGGUCUGUUCCCUGACCCUCCACCUCUGGGGUGAGGAGGGGUCUCUGCCAUAUCUUUGGGGCUGGUGGUAGGAGAGGACUGGAGCUGGUUUCUCCUUGAUGCCAGGAUACACGGGCUAGGACCCCUCCACCCUUCCACAGUCAUCCAUGAAGAUCCGGCCUGCAGGACUUGGGGAUCAGAGCCUUCCUGCUGCCCGGUCGGCCCCUGCCUGCCGUCUGUGGGCCUGGACUGUGUGGGCCACUGAGCACUGCCCAGGUGACAAGGAGGAGGGCAGAGAGAGCCCCAGCAUGGCGGGCCCAGCUGGCCACCCCUGGCCACCCUACUGCUGAAGCAGCUGCCCCUGCGCACCCAGGCUGGAGGCCCCGGGGCCUGUGAGGGCUAGGAGGGGCCACGUUCAUGGGUCUCUAGGUAUUUCCGAGAUGCCUGCAAAGAGAGGCUGGGGCUGGUGGUGGGCCCGGCUGCCCCUCUGCCUGCUCCUCAGCCUUUACGGCCCCUGGGUGCCUUCCUCCCUGGGGAAGCCCAAAGGCCACCCCCACAUGAACUCCAUCCGCAUAGACGGGGACAUCACCCUGGGAGGCCUGUUCCCGGUGCAUGGCCGGGGCUCGGAGGGCAAGGCCUGUGGAGAACUCAAGAAGGAGAAGGGCAUCCAYCGGCUGGAGGCCAUGCUCUUUGCCUUGGAUCGCAUCAACAAUGACCCGGACCUGCUGCCCAACAUCACGCUGGGCGCCCGCAUUCUGGACACCUGCUCGAGGGACACCCAUGCCCUGGAGCAGUCACUGACCUUUGUGCAGGCGCUCAUCGAGAAGGACGGCACGGAGGUCCGCUGUGGCAGCGGUGGCCCGCCCAUCAUCACCAAGCCCGAGCGCGUGGUGGGUGUCAUCGGUGCUUCAGGGAGCUCGGUCUCCAUCAUGGUGGCCAACAUCCUGCGCCUCUUUAAGGGGGCGUGUGCAUCGCCCAGUCRGUGAAGAUACCGCGGGAGCCCAAGACGGGAGAGUUUGACAAGAUCAUCCGGCGGCUCCUGGAGACCUCCAACGCCAGGGCCGUCAUCAUCUUUGCCAACGAAGAUGACAUCAGGCGCGUGCUGGAGGCGGCGCGGAAGGCCAACCAGACAGGCCACUUCUUCUGGAUGGGCUCUGACAGCUGGGGCUCCAAGAUCGCACCUGUGCUGCACCUGGAGGAGGUGGCCGAGGGAGCCGUCACUAUCCUCCCCAAGAGGAUGUCUGUGCGAGGCUUCGACCGCUACUUCUCCAGCCGCACGCUGGACAACAACCGGCGCAACAUCUGGUUUGCGGAGUUCUGGGAGGACAACUUCCACUGCAAGCUGAGCCGCCACGCGCUCAAGAAGGGCAGCCAYGUCAAGAAGUGCACCAAUCGCGAGCGCAUUGGGCAGGACUCGGCAUACGAACAGGAGGGGAAGGUGCAGUUUGUGAUCGACGCUGUGUAUGCCAUGGGCCACGCGCUGCAUGCCAUGCACCGAGACCUGUGUCCUGGUCGCGUGGGGCUCUGCCCCCGCAUGGACCCCGUGGACGGCACCCAGCUGCUUAAGUACAUCCGAAACGUCAACUUCUCAGGCAUCGCAGGGAACCCCGUGACCUUCAAUGAGAAUGGAGAUGCCCCUGGGCGCUAUGACAUCUACCAGUACCAGCUGCGCAACGGCUCUGCCGAGUACAAGGUCAUUGGCUCCUGGACAGACCACCUCCACCUCCGAACAGAGAGGAUGCACUGGCCGGGGAGCGGGCAGCAGCUGCCCCGCUCCAUCUGCAGCCUGCCCUGCCAGCCGGGUGAGCGGAAGAAGACGGUGAAGGGCAUGCCCUGCUGCUGGCACUGCGAGCCCUGCACGGGGUACCAGUACCAGGUGGACCGCUACACCUGUAAGACCUGUCCCUACGACAUGAGGCCCACAGAGAACCGCACAGGCUGCCGGCCCAUCCCCAUCAUCAAGCUCGAGUGGGACUCACCCUGGGCAGUGCUGCCCCUCUUCCUGGCCGUGGUGGGCAUCGCUGCCACGCUGUUUGUGGUGGUCACCUUCGUGCGCUACAAUGACACACCCAUCGUCAAGGCCUCGGGCCGCGAGCUGAGCUACGUGCUGCUGGCGGGCAUCUUCCUGUGUUAUGCCACCACCUUCCUGAUGAUCGCCGAGCCGGACCUGGGCACCUGCUCCCUGCGCCGCAUCUUCCUGGGGCUGGGCAUGAGCAUCAGCUACGCCGCACUGCUCACCAAGACCAACCGCAUCUACCGCAUCUUCGAGCAGGGCAAGCGGUCGGUCAGCGCCCCGCGCUUCAUCAGCCCCGCCUCGCAGCUGGCCAUCACCUUCAGCCUCAUCUCCCUGCAGCUGCUGGGCAUCUGCGUGUGGUUCGUGGUGGACCCCUCCCACUCGGUGGUGGACUUCCAGGACCAGCGGACGCUCGAUCCCCGCUUCGCCAGGGGGGUGCUCAAGUGCGACAUCUCGGACCUGUCGCUCAUCUGCCUGCUGGGCUACAGCAUGCUGCUCAUGGUCACAUGCACCGUGUACGCCAUCAAGACGCGCGGCGUGCCCGAGACCUUCAACGAGGCCAAGCCCAUCGGCUUCACCAUGUACACCACCUGCAUCGUCUGGCUGGCCUUCAUCCCCAUCUUCUUUGGCACCUCGCAGUCCGCGGACAAGCUGUACAUCCAGACGACGACGUUGACAGUCUCAGUGAGCCUGAGCGCCUCCGUGUCCCUGGGAAUGCUCUACAUGCCCAAGGUCUACAUCAUCCUCUUCCACCCGGAACAGAAUGUGCCCAAGCGCAAGCGCAGCCUCAAAGCCGUCGUCACCGCCGCCACCAUGUCCAACAAGUUCACGCAGAAGGGCAACUUCCGUCCCAAUGGGGAGGCCAAGUCCGAGCUCUGCGAGAACCUUGAGGCCCCAGCUCUGGCCACCAAACAGACCUACGUCACAUACACCAACCAUGCCAUCUAG